AUGGGGGAGAAGUUGGGCACUUUUAGGGCCUGGUAUCUAGUAGCUCUAUGCUGCACUGGCAGCUUCUUGUUCGCAUACGAUACGGACGUCGUUGGGGGUGUUCUCACGUUGCCGUCCUUCCAAAAUGAUUUCCGCAUCACCAAGUCCAACCAAUCAAGCGUUGGCUCCAAUGCAACAAGUCUUCUACAAGCUGGAGCCUUCUUCUCCUGUUUCUUCGUCUGGCCGUUCACCGCACGAUUUGGACGUCGAUGGUCGAUUGCGCUGGCCUCGCUCAUCUUCAGCGUUGGAGGUGUCAUCCAAGUGAUUAACACCCAUUCCCUAGUCGCUUUCUACGUUGCCCGCGUUAUUUCGGGAAUAGGUGUCGGGAUGGCUACUGUCAUAAUUCCUAUGUAUAGCGCGGAGAUGGCACCAAAACACAUCAGGGGUCAGUUGGGAAGCAUGUUCCAAUUUUUCUUUACCCUCAGUGUAAUGACAUCGUAUUGGGUCGACUAUGGCGUGUCACAACACUUGGGCCCGACAACACAGCAGUGGCAGAUUCCCAUUGGUCUCCAGCUCGUUCCAGGUGGAAUAUUAGGACUAGGGAUGCUACUUACGAAAGAGAGUACCCGAUGGCUUGCAAAAUCAGGUCGUACAGAAGAGGCAAUUCAUAUUCAAGUACAAGAAGAUGGCAGAUUCGCAGAAAUCCUCGCAGGUAUCAGAGAAGAGCAUGUUACUGAGGGACUCAUGUGGAAGGAAUGCCUCCUACCAGUGAAUCGCUUUCGUUUCUUCAUCGUUAUCACACUUCAGAUAGGCGUGCAACUCACCGGCAAUACUAGUUUGGCUUACUAUGCUCCGCAAAUAUUCAAAGCGGUUGGUGCCGGCGACCAGAGUCUCCUGAUUAGUGGCUUCUUUGGUGUAGUCAAAGUUGUCUCGUGCCUAUUCUUUCUCCUAUUCCUCGUAGAAAGGAUCGGCCGUCGCGGGUCCCUUCUUGGUGGAGCGUUCCUGAUGGGUGCUUAUAUGCUCAUUAUUGCUUGCUUAACGGCUACUCACCCGCCUGUUGCUGGGCAAUCCCUGACUAGCACUGGCGCUGCAGCAGUAGCCAUGGUUUAUCUUGAAGCGAUGAGUUAUAACAUAUCUUGGGGACCUGUUCCGUGGCUUUAUAUGAGUGAAAUAUUCCCGUCGAGGAUACGAGAAUCCGGAGCAGCAGUUGGCACGGCUACACAAUGGUUGUUCAACUUUGUCUUCUCUCAAGUCACCCCACACGCCAUAAACAAUAUUGGUUGGAGGACUUUUCUGAUGUUCUGUAUAUUCAACUGGGCCUUAGUUGUAUAUACGUGGUUUUUCGUUAAAGAGACUAAAGGAAGGUCUUUGGAAGAAAUGGAAGCUCUUUUCGGAUCUAGCGAGACUGCAAUCGACUUUGGUAAGGUUCACGAACAUACGAAACGACAAGGUUUUGGCGGCAGGCGAUAA